GUAUUACUUUGCUAAUUCUCUUCUCCUUCGUGUCUUCUCUCCUCUGUAUAUAAGAGAGUUUUUGAUUGUUUUCAGAUUCAUUCAAUUAAUACAAAUCAGAUCCAGUUUUUGCUCUUUUCUUCUUUUAAUCUUCACACGCUUCAUUCCUGUUAUUAACAAAUCUUUUGGUGAAGAAACAGCUGCAUGAACAAUAUGCAUAUCCGUUUUAUUAGUCCUCUGAGGUUGAGGUGGAUAUAUUUUAUUCUGAUUCUUCUGCUUAAACUGUCGGCAUCGACCGUCUUCUCCGGCUCAAUUGUUAAAUAUCUUCCAGGCUAUGAGGGUCAACUUCCAUUCAAGCUCGAAACAGGGUACGAAAGUGUAGGAGACUCCGAGUUAUUCUACUACUUCAUCGAGUCGCAAGGUGACAUUGAAGAGGAUCCUCUAAUUCUUUGGCUGGCAGGAGGCCCUGGCUGUUCUUCCUUUUAUGGACUCAUCUAUGAAAUUGGUCCAUUGGAGUUUGAUAUCCAGAAGUAUACGGGUGGCUUACCAAGACUUAAGUAUUAUCCAUAUGCAUGGACUAAGACAGCCAGCAUUAUCUUUCUAGAUGCACCUGUAGGCACAGGUUUCUCUUAUGCUAGAACCCCAGAAGGCUGGCCCACCUCAGACUCUAAAUCAGCUGAGCAAUCCUAUCAGUUUCUUAAAAAGUGGUUACUUAAACACCCACAGUAUCUCCAAGUUGAGCUAUACAUUGGUGGUGAUUCUUAUUCAGGCAUGGUAGUUCCCCAAAUCACCAAAAAGAUAAUAGACGAAAAUGGACCUGAUACCAAUCUACGUAUGAAUCUCAAAGUAUGUUAUUAAUAAUAAGACUUUGUAUAUAUUACUCUUCUUGAAAUUUAAUUAUAGCAGAUCCGCGUAACGUAUUCUGAAUGAG